GAGAGACAGAGAGACAGCUGCAGCACUGCUUCACCAUUCAUGAAGCUUUCCCUCUGCAGGUGGGCACAGGGGACUCAAACCUGGGUGCUUGUGCACUGUAACAUCUACGCUCAACCAGGUAUGCCACCAUUUGGCCCCCCAUUUUAAAAAUAUUUUAUUUAUUAAUGAGAAAGAUAGGAGAGUGAGAAAGAACCAGACAUCACUCUGGCAUAUGUGCUGCCUGGGAUUGAACUCAGGACCUCAGGCUUGAGAGUCCAGUGCUUUAUCCACUGUGCCACCUCCCAGACCACCACAGGAAAAAAUUAUAUUUUAUUUUACUUUAUUUUUACCAGAGCAGUGCUCUGCUUUGGCUAAUGGUGGUUCAGGGGAUUGAACCUGGGACCUCUGAGCCUCAAACACGAGCGUCUUUUAGCAUAACCAUUAUGCUAUCUUCCCCAACCCUAGGAAGGUUCUUUAAUGAAUCUCUUUAGAUGGUGAUAUUGAGUGGAAGGUUUAAAAUAGGGGAUCCCACUACUGCUGCCUUCCAGACCUCUCUGUUUGCUGAAAAGUAUUCUAGUCCUGGAAAACAUGAUGCUGAGGGGGUUGGAGUAGAUUGGGACAGGGGAGUGAAAAGGAAAGUCAGAUUUUGGGAUGUCUAUCAGUUCUUUAUCUUCCAGCUUUUAAAGACAAAGCUCGCAUUGAACCCCCAACUCCAGGGCUUUCCCUUCUAGAGGUCACUCGUUGGAGCCAGAGAUUUGGGUGUGUCCUGGCACUCUGAAUGGGCUGAGUGUGACAGGGGAUGCGGAAAAUCAGUACCAAACGCUGUACAAGCUCUACCAGAAGUGUGAGGUGGUGAUGGGGAACCUGGAGAUUGUGCUCACGGGACACACUGCUGACCUCUCCUUCCUGCAGUGGAUCCGAGAAGUAACAGGUUAUGUCCUUGUGGCCAUGAAUGAGUUCUCUACACUGCCACUGCCCAACCUCCGAGUGGUGCGGGGGACCCAGGUCUACGAUGGGAAGUUUGCCAUCUUUGUCAUGUUGAACUACAACACCAACUCCAGCCAUGCCCUGCGCCAACUCCGCUUCACUCAACUCACUGAAAUUCUGUCAGGAGGUGUUUAUAUUGAGAAGAAUGACAAGCUGUGUCACAUGGACACGAUUGACUGGAGAGACAUCGUGAGAGACCCAGAUGCCGAGAUUGUAGUGAAAGAGAAUGGAAAGAACUGUCCCAUCUGUCACGAGGUCUGCAAGGGACGAUGCUGGGGCCCUGGACCGGAGGACUGCCAGACAUUAACCAAGACCAUCUGUGCCCCUCAGUGUAAUGGUCACUGCUUUGGACCCAGCCCCAACCAGUGUUGUCAUGAUGAGUGUGCAGGGGGCUGCUCAGGCCCUCAGAACACAGACUGCUUUGCCUGCCGACUCUUCAAUGACAGCGGUGCCUGUGUACGCCAGUGUCCACAGCCUCUUGUCUACAACAAGCUGACAUUCCAGCUGGAACCCAACCCCCACACCAAAUAUCAGUAUGGAGGAGUGUGUGUAGCCAGUUGUCCCCAUAACUUUGUGGUGGAUCAAACAUCUUGUGUCAGAGCUUGUCCUCCUGAUAAAAUGGAAGUAGAUAAAAAUGGACUCAAAAUAUGUGAACCUUGUGGGGGACUGUGCCCCAAGGCCUGUGAGGGGACAGGCUCUGGGAGCCGCUUCCAGACUGUGGACUCCAGCAACAUUGAUGGAUUUGUGAACUGCACUAAGAUCCUGGGAAACCUAGACUUUCUCAUCACUGGCCUCAAUGGAGACCCCUGGCACAAGAUCCCUGCUCUGGACCCUGAGAAGCUCAAUGUCUUCAGGACGGUUCGGGAGAUCACAGGUUACCUGAACAUCCAGUCCUGGCCUCCUCACAUGCAUAACUUUAGCGUCUUUUCCAACCUGACAACCAUUGGGGGCAGAAGCCUAUACAACCGGGGUUUCUCGUUGCUGAUUAUGAAAAACUUGAAUGUGACGUCUUUGGGCCUCCGAUCUUUGAAAGAAAUUAGUGCUGGGCGCGUCUACAUAAGUGCCAAUCGGCAGCUUUGCUAUCAUCAUUCUCUGAACUGGACCAGGUUGCUUCGGGGGCCUGCACAGGAGAGAUUGGACAUUAAGCAUAAUCGGCCUCGAAGAGACUGUGUGGCCGAGGGCAAAGUGUGUGAUCCACUGUGCUCCUCUGGGGGAUGCUGGGGCCCAGGCCCGUGUCAGUGCCUCUCCUGUCGAAACUACAGCAGAGGAGGUGUCUGUGUGACCCACUGCAACUUCCUAGAUGGGGAGCCUCGUGAGUUUGCUCAUGAAGCUGAAUGCUUCUCCUGCCACCCGGAAUGCCAACCCAUGGAAGGCACUGCCACAUGCAACGGCUCGGGCUCUGAUGCUUGUGUGCAGUGUGCUCACUUUCGUGAUGGACCCCACUGUGUGAACAGCUGCCCCUUUGGAGUCCUUGGAGCUAAGGGCCCCAUCUACAAGUACCCAGAUCUUCAGAAUGAAUGCCGCCCCUGUCAUGAGAACUGCACCCAGGGGUGUACAGGACCAGGACUACAAGACUGUUUGGGCCAAACACAGGAACUGAUCAGCAAAACCUAUCUGGCAAUGGCUUUAACAGUCGUAGCAGGGUUGGCAGUUGUUUUCUUGAUCCUGGGUGGAACUUUUCUCUAUUUGCGCGGGCGUCGGAUUCAGAACAAGAGGGCUAUGAGGCGCUACUUGGAACGGGGUGAGAGCAUAGAGCCUCUGGAUCCCAGUGAGAAGGCUAACAAGGUCUUGGCCAGGAUCUUCAAAGAGACAGAAUUGAGGAAGCUUAAAGUGCUUGGCUCCGGUGUCUUUGGAACAGUGCACAAAGGAGUGUGGAUCCCUGAGGGUGAGUCCAUCAAGAUCCCAGUCUGCAUCAAAGUGAUCGAGGACAAGAGUGGGCGGCAGAGUUUUCAAGCUGUAACAGACCAUAUGCUGGCCAUUGGCAGCCUAGACCACGCCCACAUUGUACGGCUGCUGGGGUUAUGCCCAGGGUCGUCUCUACAGCUUGUCACUCAGUACUUGCCUCUGGGUUCCCUGCUGGACCAUGUGAGGCAGCAGCGGGAGGCACUGGGACCACAACUGCUACUCAACUGGGGAGUACAAAUUGCCAAGGGGAUGUACUACCUUGAAGAGCACGGGAUGGUCCACAGGAACCUGGCUGCCCGAAAUGUGCUACUCAAGUCCCCUAGUCAGGUCCAGGUGGCAGAUUUUGGGGUGGCUGAUCUGCUGCCCCCUGAUGAUAAGCAGCUACUCCACAGUGAGGCCAAGACUCCGAUUAAAUGGAUGGCCCUUGAAAGUAUCCACUUUGGGAAAUACACACACCAGAGUGACGUCUGGAGUUACGGUGUGACAGUUUGGGAGUUGAUGACCUUUGGAGCAGAGCCAUAUGCGGGGCUUCGAUUGGCUGAAGUACCAGAUCUGUUGGAGAAGGGGGAGAGGUUGGCUCAGCCCCAGAUUUGUACCAUUGAUGUCUACAUGGUCAUGGUCAAAUGUUGGAUGAUUGAUGAGAACAUUCGCCCAACUUUUAAAGAAUUAGCCAAUGAGUUCACCAGGAUGGCCCGAGAUCCCCCACGGUAUCUGGUCAUAAAGAGAGAGAGUGGGCCUGGAAUCUCCCCUGGAGCAGAGCCCCCUGCCCUGACUGACAAGGAACUGGAAGAAGUAGAGUUGGAGCCAGAGCUAGACUUAGAUCUGGACUUGGAGACAGAGGGAGACGACGUAGUGACCACACUGGGCUCUGCACUCAGCCUGCCGGUUGGAACACUUAGUCGGUCACGUGGGAACCAGAAUCAUUUAAGUCCAUCAUCUGGAUAUAUGCCUAUGAAUCAGGGUAAUAUUGGGGAGAGUUGUCAGGAGUCUAUAGCUUGUGGGGGUGGUAGUGAACGGUGUCCCCGUCCAGCCUCUCUGCAUCCAGUGCCACGGGGACGUCUGACAUCAGAGUCCUCAGAAGGCCAUGUGACAGGCUCUGAGGUUGAGCUCCAAGAGAAGAUGUCAAUGUGUAGAAGCCGGAGCCGGAGCCCACGGCCACGUGGUGACAGUGCCUACCAUUCCCAGCGCCACAGCCUGCUUACACCUGUCACCCCACACUCCCCACCAGGAUUAGAGGAAGAAGAUGUCAAUGGUUACGUCAUGCCAGAUGCACACCUUAAAGGUGCCCCCUAUUCCCGGGAAGGUACUCUUUCUUCAGUGGGUCUGAGCUCUGUCCUGGGCACCGAAGAAGAGGAGGAAGAGGAAGAGUAUGAAUACAUGAACCGCAGGAGAAGGCGGAGUCCACCUCGUCACCCUCGGCCAAGUUCCCUUGAGGAGCUGGGUUAUGAGUACAUGGAUGUGGGGUCAGACCUCAGCGCUUCCCUGGGCAGCACACAGAGUUGCCCUCUCCACCCUGUGCCCAUCACUCCCACUGCUGGCACAACUCCAGACGAAGACUAUGAAUAUAUGAAUCGGCGGCGAGGUGGAGGAGCUCCUGGGGGGGAUUAUGCAGCCAUGGGAGCCUGCCCAGCAACUGAACAAGGAUAUGAAGAGAUGAGAGCUUUCCAGGGGCCUGGACACCAUGCCCCCCAGGUCCCUUACACCCGCCUCAAAACUCUACGAAGUUUAGAAGCCACAGAUUCUGCCUUUGAUAAUCCUGAUUACUGGCACAGUAGGCUUUUCCCGAAGGCUAAUGCCCAGAGAACAUAACUCCUGCUCCCUGAGGCAUUCAGGGAACGUGUGAUGGCAGCUAUUGCCUCUAGAGGGUACUCUUCUCCUCACAAGUCUCAGCCCUACUCCCCAGCCCUAGACAAUUCCAUUCAACCUUUGGAGGCUUUUAAACACUAACACGGAAUUCUGGUAUGUAGCCAGUUGUGCACUUUCUUCUCUUUCCCCACCUCCUUCAGAGAAAAGGAGGUGUCAUGUCUUUCCCCCCCCCCCCAUUUUGUAUGCUUUCCCAAUCCUACUCCUCAGCUUCCUCAGGGGAACUCCCUGGAGAUAUGAAGGAUUACCUUCCCAUGUCUCUUUCUCUCAGGCUCUGACUUGUUGAGACUAGGCUUUAAAGUACACCUUUCUUAAGGAAGAGGAAAAAGUGGAAACCUGGCAAGGGAGAGUAAAAUGAUGCCUUAACCCCCUGGAAAUUUUGACUUAAACUCUUGCAAAGUGAAGAGGUUAGGAGUAGAUAUUACUGAUUACUAUUAAUGGAGGGCUUACCAUGUGCCAGGCAUUGUGCUGAAUUUUACCUACCUCUCACUUAAUCCUUACAAAAAUUCUGUGCGCUAGAUGUUAUCUUAUUUUACAAAUAAGGAAUCUGAGCCUUAAAGAGAUUAAGUAAAUUAAGUGAUAGGUCCAGGAUUUUAAAAUAUUCCAAUAUAUGUGCUCUUACUGUAAGGUAUCAAGGAAAACUAGUAAGUCAGAGUUCUUGUAAGGGGGCAUAGUCUUUUUAUUUUUGCACUGAAUCAAGUCUAAACCCAGCAAACACAGCCUCCUACACCCAGCUUCUCACCUCAGGAAGUGGGAGGAGACGGGUGGUCAGAAGGAAAAGUAACUGGACAUUUUGGGUGUAAACCGUGAUUUACAGGAUCUGUACAUGAACUACACUUCUUACCAAGGGACAGAUCGACAAAGGGUCUCAACACUCACUUUUAGGAACGCUUCUCACCUAACACUGGGAAGCUUCCAGUCAUAAUAGACGUUAGACCCAACCACAAACUUCUGUCCUCUUGGAUAGGAAAUUGGUGUUACUUGUUAUCACUGAUUUUUUUUUGUCUUGUUUUUAUACGUCUGAAUAAAAAUGCCAAAGUC